GUACCCGGUUGCUCGGUCCCGGCCAAAGAUCAGAGAGCGGAUAUGAUCUUUGGUCCCGGCCGGGGUGGCGACGGCGGCGGAACCUUAAGGCAGCAGCAGCAGGAGCAGCAGGAGCUGCCGGGGAAGAAGCUCGAGGACGGAGCGCUGUGGCGGACACAAGAAGAGGAUCUUUCAGGUGUCAUUUAUCAGUCAUUCAUGUUUCCUUGACGGCAUAUCUAAGGAUCAGCAAAUUCAUCCCAGGCUUCCAAUCUUCAAGAGAGUUUACGAUACUAUACGAUAAAACUUUAUUCAUCCGGAGGGAAAUUGGACUGCCAACAGUCACAACAAGGUGUAAAUUUUGUUUGGCUCUGUUUCCACCAUGGAGGAAGAACCGCAGGAAGAAUUCCUCUAUUGCAAAGGGGCUGCAACCCAGGUGUUAAAAUUGGGAUCAUUUGACUGCAGGCCGAAAAAUGAAUCAAAAACUUCCUCCAAGGUGUUAUUUCUGAUUAUUCCAGGGAAUCCAGGAAUAGUAUGUUACUAUAAACUCUUCAUGCAGAUUUUAUACAAGAUCCUGAUUCAUAAGUAUCCCAUCUGGGCCAUAAGCCAUGCAGGCCAUUGCGUUCCCCCAGAAGACAUGGAGAUGAUGGAAGACAUUGAGCUGGCUGAUGUCUUUGGACUGAAUGGACAAAUAGAACAUAAAUUAGAUUUUCUCAGGAAAAAAGUUCCAAAGGAUACCAAACUUGUGCUGAUUGGUCAUUCGAUCGGUUGCCAUAUGAUACUCGAAAUGAUGAAACAAGAACCAGAAUUACAGGUUCUGAAAGCGAUAUUACUUUUUCCAACAAUUGAACGAAUGGCCGAGUCACCGCAGGGCAAAGUUCUGACACCAAUACUUCGUAAUCUUCGCUUCCUGGUGUAUGUUCCGAUCUACUUCCUUUCAUUCCUCCCAGGAAGUGUCAAGGCCUCAUUGGUGAGGUGGGCGCUGCAGAGUCUACAACCACUAGAUGAAGCCACUGUGUCCGCUUCCCUUAAUCUCUUCAGUGUCGAUUGUGCAGCUAAUGCCAUGUAUAUGGGAAGCCAGGAAAUGCUACAGGUUGUGCAAAGGGACGAUUCCACCAUAAAACAGUUUUUGGAUAAGCUUAUCUUUUACUAUGGAUCAAAUGAUCACUGGUGUCCUGUUGCCUAUUAUGAAGAUAUGAAGAAAAGUUUUCCAGAAGGAACUAUUCUUCUUUGCCAAAAAGGAAUUCGUCAUGCCUUUGUUUUGGAUGCCAAUGUAGAGAUUGCUCAAUUGGUUAUAGAAUGGUUAAAGACAGAUCUUGCAAACUUGUAAUAAACCUUACUGUGUGUAUAUAAUGUAAUUAAAUUAUACUUUAAAUAGUCUUAGGAUUUAAGAACAGAGAUAUGCCCAUAUUAUUUGAACAAAAAUUUUAGACAUGACUUCCAAGCAGACUUGAUAAGGUGUUUGCAUGAAUGAAUAUUUGGUUGCUAAAGCUAUUUAUGAUUGCAAUGUAAUUUUAGUAUCUAUGAAUAGCCCGAGCAAGUAAAUCUGUUUUGUGUCAGGGUCAUUUUUACAGGCUAAUAUCCAUUGGCAUUCAUUGUUUGCUUGUAGUUCAUUUUACUAGUUUUAUUUUUCAAUCUAAGGAAUGUUUUAGGGUUGUGGAAAAGCAUAGAUGCAACUUUUCCAAGCCCUGCCAAUCACUGGCAAGGGAAAAUAUUACGUUACUUUAAGAUCAUUCUUCUGUAUUUGUCAAACUCUCAUCUAACAAAUCUCAACUAACUUGAAACCUGUCAAGACCAAAUUAGCAAUUAAGGUAUUUCCAGAUUUGGAGAGCCUUGAGUAAUUGUGUCUGGAGUCUGUUAAUGGAACUAAAAUUUGUUUCAAAUAAAGUACUCCAUUGCCGACCUUGUAAAGAUUCAUCACCAACUCCCCGAACCCCCCUCCUCCCUUCUGCCUGAACUUCAAUCAUUCGCCCCUUUCUCCCACGAAAAAAGUUUUGUAUUGUCUUUUGUUUGCUAUGGAGAACCUUUAUUGGCAACACCACCGCUGUAAUGUCUACUGCAAAUGAAAAUGGGAACUCUUUAGCUUUGAAUGUGUGCUGCCUUCCCACUUCACCGUGGGGAGGGGAACCUACAUAAAUGUACUUGGUAAUACAGUUUUCAACCUUCUUAUUACUGCCCACACUCGUUUGCUGUAGUGAUUCCAUUAGUUAGAGAAAAUUGCAUAUGCCCAGGGUUGUUUACAUUUUAAAUUGAAAUGAGGGAACUACACAUUUAAUGUAUUUCUAUCUGUGCUUCACAUGUAUGCUGCAAACAUCAGUUAAGCCCUGCGCCCAGUGUUAAGAUAGCUAGGCUGUGCAUCAGUGGUUUCAACGACAAAAGUCUUAUGAAAUAUGCCCAUGCAUAUAUUUAUCCAUCAGUUAACAUUUUACAGCACGUUGUUAAUUAACAGCUACUAUCUAGUUAUAGCAGCAGCCCCCUGAGACAUUCUGAAGCAAUUUUCCAUCCUCCUGUCAAUCUUCCAAAACAAAGCAACCAGGCCAUUCAAAGACUCCAUUCUUUCCUUUCCUACAGCUCUUUCCUACACAAAGACUCCAUAGUGGGUUAUAUUUAAAUUGCCAUGCUGUGCUUUCUAAAUUAUUUAGUUCUUAAUAUAAUCUCAGGCUCUACUAAUAUUUUUUACUGCGCAGUCAUUAUUUAAGAUUUUGAUCUUGCCUCCCUCAGGACAAGAAUCUUUCUGGUUUACAUGAUGAAAUAACAUCUAAAGUGCCUACAAUAACACCAUGCAACCAAGGGCUUGUGGCAAUGCAGAAGGGCAUAGCAUUUCCUGAGUGGACCAUUCCAUGCUUCUUGGCAUUUUUUACAUUAUUUCAUGCAGCACCUAAUGGAAACCAGUAUGUCAUUACACCUAAUAUUAGGCAGUGGCAUUUGCAUCACCUUUUUUUCCAUGUACACUCAACAUCGUAAUCCGCAUUGAAUCCGUCCAGAGCAGCAACAAUGCCCAACAUCUCCUUUGGGAGCUAGGAUGCCUUUGUGAAUGUCAAGGAUGUCAAUUUACGGAUGGUCUUUCAAUGUGAAGUGUGUCCCUCCAACCUGCUUCUUUAGUUCUCUACACCAGGAUGGUGACACAAGAGGCUGCAGAAGUUAAAAUCUGCAGCAAAAAUCAAACUGAUGCAGGAACUCAGCAGGUCGAGCAGCAUCUGUAGAUGCAAAGUAAUGGUCACUGUAUUUGGGUCAAGACCUUGUAUCUGGGCUGGUGCUACCCAUGUUCUCCAGAGUUGCUGCCUGAUCUACUGAGUUGCUUCAGCAGUUCGUGUCCUUUUUAGAGAAUAGCAGAGUUUCUUCUCCCUCUUCCUUCUUGGCUGCAUGGUGUUUCUCAGUUAGGUGGUGGGUGCAGAUUAUGAGAAUGCUGUUUUGUGCUGAUCAGUGAGUUUCUUAUGAUUAUCUGCAAUAAGGGCUCAGAAUGGAGCAUUGCAAUAGCAAGUGCAAAAGACCCAAAGUGCUGGAGUUUCUCAGCAGGAUCGUGCAGCAUCUUUGGAGAACAUGGAUAGGUGACAUUUCAGGUUGGGACCCUUGUUCAGACUGAUCUUGGGUGGGGUGGGGGAGGGAAGCUGGAGAAGAUGAGGAUCAGGACAAAGCCUGGCAAGUGAUGGGUUAGAUACAGGUGAUGCAGGGGGCAGGUUUGAUAGCCAGAUGGAUGGACAAAUCCCUGAGAUGAAAAGAUAGGUGUGAGACAAAAAGAUUGAAGACUUGCAAAUUGUGAAGCUAGAGAAGGAAUGUGUGUGGUAAGGGAGUAGGAGGGAAGGGGCAUUAGGUCCUAAUCCAGGUGGGGCACAUGGGAGAGAGCAGGGUAAGAAAGGGGAGGGGUGGGAGAAGAAAGAGGGUGGGGAGUUGAAGAUGCCAAAAAUUUGAAAAUUCAAUGUUCAAACCUUUCUACGGCAUAUCAGCGGAAUAUGAGGUACUGUUAAUGGGACCAGCGAGCAUACAAGCAGGUAAUCCACACUGACGCAUUCCAUUGUGUUUUAUUUUAGUUCCAUUUUUAUUAUGUGUGUUCUGCAAAAUAAUCUAUUAUUUAUUAGCCAUGCAUUUGACAUGUGUUAAACAUUCUCGUCCUCUUGUGAGAGCCUUAUAAUAAUUCUGAUUGUAAAAUAAAAAGCUACAUGGAAAAACAUCACUACUUGUUUAAACUCAGCGGGUGCAGCAGCGUCUAUGGAGCGAAGGAAAUGGGCAAUGUUUCGGGCCAAAACCCUUCUUCAGACUGAAGAAGGGACAAGCAAGGUCAAGGGGGUUGUCAACUCUUGUGCCAAGGAAUUUGAACUUCAUAGGUUUAGUGUUAAAUGGUUUGGUGUUGUUCAAAAGCAGGUACUUUUAAAUGGUCCCAAACGACUUAUACACUUGACACUGUCUUCUGGACAGAGGAUCAUGACCCGCUGAGUUUCUCCAGCAUUUUAGUCUACCUUCGAUUUUCCAGCAUCUGCAGUUCCUUCUUAAACUACUUGUUUAAGUUGUGUUGUAAUCUCUCUCCUGAAGGUUAAUUGUUUGUUAUACUCCAACAUAGAGGAUCUCAGUCCUGUUUUUAACUAAAUUGUAUGUUUUAACUGCAUUUCCAGUUGCUGAUUGAAGGAAGAAUUUUUAAGUUAUACAAGUCUUGGUAGAGGGCUGUCUUACAAAUGGAUCAAUGCAAGGAACUAAAGCACAUAGAAGAUGUACUGUGAUAACAGGGUGACACUUGUUAAGGUAAAAAUGAAUAGGAUCUGGAUGUGUGCAAGCUUAAUUCAAUGACAAUCCACCAAAUGUGAUUUAUUGCACUGUAAAUAAAACUAAACUUCCAAUA